UUUUCCAUAUAAACCGCCGUGUCGCCGUGCACACUCAUCAUCCUCGCAAUAUCUCAUUCUCGGGCUCACUUUGUUGAUCAUGGAGGUGGAAGCGGCGACGACGCAGCGACAGCCAUGCAAGAACGCGAUCACCACCAAGCAGCAGCAGCAGCAGCAGCAGCAGCUGAGCACCGGUAGACUGUUCAGGAGCCCGCUCCUCGUCGUCAACUUCGUCCUCAUGGUGGUCGGCUCGGCGUGCGGGCCGCUCCUCCUCCGCGCCUACUUCCUCCGCGGCGGCAACCGCAAGUGGCUCUCCAGCCUUCUCCAGACCGCCGGCUGGCCGCUGCUGCUCGCGCCGCUCUGCUUCUCGUACUCCUCACGCCGCCGCCGGCGCGAGGUUGAGGACGACGGCGCUGGCGCUGGCGCGGCGGCCACGCCGCUGUUCCUCAUGACGCCACGCCUCCUGGUGGCGUCCGCCGUCGUCGGGCUCAUGACCGGCGUCGACGACCUCCUCUACGCCUACGGCCUGGCCUACCUCCCGGUGUCCACCUCCUCCAUCCUCAUCUCCACGCAGCUGGCCUUCACGGCGGCGUUCGCGCUGCUGCUCGUGCGCCAGCGGUUCACGGCGUUCUCGGUGAACGCCGUCGUGCUGCUCAGCGUCGGCGCGGCGAUGCUGGGGAUGAACGCCGGCGGGGACCGGCCGGCGGGGGUGUCGCGCGCGCAGUACUGCGCCGGGUUCGCCAUGACGCUCGCCGCCGCGGCGCUGUACGGGCUCGUGCUCCCCGUCAUGGAGCUCAGCCAGGCGCACCACGCCGCCGCGCGCGGCGCCGUCACGUACACGCUCGUCAUGGAGAUGCAGCUCGUCAUCGGCUUCGUCGCCACGGCCUUCAGCGCCGUCGGCAUGCUCGUCAACAACGAUUUCCACGCAAUCCCAGGAGAAGCCCAUGAAUUCGGUCUGGGCCAAGCGGGCUACUACCUGCUCCUGGCCGGAUCGGCCGCCAUGUACCAGUGCUUCUUCCUCGGCACGAUCGGCGCCAUCUUCUACGGCUCGGCGCUGCUCGCCGGCGUCAUCAUGACCGUGCUCAUCCCGGUCACCGAGGUGCUCGCCGUCAUGUUCUUCCACGAGCCAUUCAACGGCACAAAGGGCGUCGCGCUCGCUCUCUCGCUAUGGGGCUUCGUCUCCUACUUCUACGGCGAGGUCCGGGCGGCCAAGGCGGCGCAUCGCCGCCGCCACUCCGACGAGCCCCCAAAACCGGACCAUUUGGACCCUUAAUUAGAAUGAUCAGAUCACUACAAAAGUACAAAACUGUACUGUAUUUUUCCUCUUGAGGAAAUAAUUAAGUAGGCAAUAUUGUACACUGGAUAACAUAUCAUAGAGCAUUAAGUUUGUCUCUCUAAGACGGAUCAUGCUUCGAGCAUCUACUACUUCUGCACAAUGUGCUUGUGACGAACUUAUUGUUUAACCAUGGACCAUGGAGAUGAAACGUACUAGCUGGGGAGCUGAAGUGACCGUGCUCUCUACGCCGAGAGGAUCUGCUCACGGCGAGCCUUGUUGAGCGCGACGAGCUUGUCCCUCGGCGGCAGGACCGCCUUCACGGCGUCGACGGCGAGGACCCGGUCGAACCAGGCCUUCAUCAGGGGCAGCGCCUCGUCGGUGACGACUUCGACGCCGCAGGCCUCCUCGAUGACCGGCAGCCA